AUGUACGCCUGUCCGCUGACCCUCCCCUGCUUCCUUCUCCCGCAGCACGUCCAUUUCUGGCUCCAGUCCGAAAACACCCAAGAGAGAGUUAGAGCCAUACGGUGCAGCGCUGCCCUGCUCCAAUUCGCCACCUCCCUGCCCGGAUUUGACACCUCCUCCGAUUUCCCUAAGGCGGGCAACUUUGUAUUGCAGCUGGGUCUGUACAUCUCGGACCCAGCCAACGACAUCAGCCAGCAAGCCAGGAGCGGGAUACAGUGGCUGCAGAGGCUCCUGCUGCAGAGGAGGGGGUUGAACAUCCCAGAGGCGAGCCAUCUGUGGUGCCGGGACAGGCUCCAGGACACCGAGCACCUGGCCUACAGAAAUAUGGCCAGGGUGGGGGAGGUCUUUGGACAGAUCUUUUCAGAAGGCCAGAGAAUAUCGUUCCUCCAGGCAGCACUUCUGGCAAUACAUGACCCCCAGGUCCGUGUCAGCCAGGCUGGGCUGGUGCUAACGUAUUCCAUCCUGGGGGAAGUCGGCCAACUGAUAGGGGAUGAGUCCUGCUCCAGGCAUCCCACCGACCCACUCCAGCAUUGCCUUCUCCUCUUGAUCUUCCCCAAGCACUCGGACUUUGACUACCCGGCUUUGACCCUCGGCCUGUAUCUGGACUCUGGCUUGACAUUGACUUAG